AUGCCUUUCCACAGUGUCAUGAUGGCGGAGAUCAUGUCGCGGCAGUGGUGGCUAGGGCAGCACCCGGAAGCCCCUCGCCACGAGAACCGGUCUCGCUUUGACAUCAACGUCAAGCCGCCGUCGAGCAAUAUGAUCGCUCCGACCUGCAGCGCAAUCUUAGUUGCCUUCCAUGAAACAUUGGCAGGCAAUACCACCGUCAACUUCGACGAGAUGACUUAUGCCACAGAGCAUGAUCACUUGAAAGCCGGCAUAGACAGGUUGUGUAAACACUUGGAUGCGAACAGCAGAAUGUACGACGAAGGUAUUUCCGAGCUCGUGAAGUCAAUGAACAACACUAUGGUGUCGAACAUCAUGGCAUUUGCUGGCAUUGCCCAUGACAAGAGCCAGAGGGACAAGGGCAGCACCCAGGAAGUCAACGAUGGUAUUGACAUGCAGGCAGUUCUCGGCCGAUGGGGCAAGAAGAAGGCACCGGUGUCCGCUGUCUCAGGUGUACAGUCACAGGCUGGUCAAGUAUUGUAUCCCCUCCAUCCAGUCGCGAGCAGCUCCAAGACCAAGUGUAGGCAUUUGAUCAUUGAUGCGAUCAACAAGCUUGAAACAGGUCAUCUAUAA